AUGAUAUUAAAUAAAAAUCUCGUUGCAUCGGAAUCGAAUACUGAAUGUCGAUUUGAUGAACAAGAUGAUAAUAUCUUUUGGAUUGGUGAAACAAUUACCGGUUUUGUUGAUUUUGUUAACAAAGAUAAUACAGAUUUAAAAUUAGCACGUAUCGAUGGUGAACUAAUUGGUGAAGUUGUUGCUCUAGUGAGAGUAGAAACCGAAUCCGAUGAGGUGGAAAAGGAAGAGGAAGUAAAAGAAAUAAUAUUCAAUCAAAAAUUUCUCGUUCAUCCACAUCAUACAAAUGUCAAAAUUCAUUAUUAUAUUCGUUUUUCUUUUAUUCGUCCUGAAUGGCACAGAUUCAAUAUUCAUAAAACUUGUCCGAUUGUUGUGAAACAACCAGGAAGACUUUUAAGUUUAACUACACUUAAAACAGAAAAAACAAAUCGCAACGGUGUUCGUCUUCGUGUUACUUUCGACAAAAAUGUUGUUAUUGCUGGAAAUAAUGUUUCCUUCAAUGUUGAUUUAAUUAAUCCAAAAGGAGCAUUGAUACGUCACGUAUCGAUUGUUCUUACUCAAUAUGUUGAAUGUGAUUCUCGAGAAAAAACUUUUAAUAUCAUCAAACAAGAUUUAGAUUAUAUUAAAUCACUGAAGCAUAAGAGUAUUAAUCGAAACUUUCAAAUACCUAUACCAUCAACAACUCCAGUGACAUUUAAUUUUGGUAAUUCGAUUGCUAACUAUUAUAAACUUCAUUUUGAAGUUCAUCUUCGUGGAAUAUUAACCAAUAUUAAACUUGAAGUUCCUACUAUUGUCAUGAAUUUGAUACCUGAAACAAACGAUAAUGAGGAUGAUCAGUAA